UGCAAAGAAUAUUGAAUCGACGUUUCAGUGCUGGCUGUAAGCAGAAGAAUUCUCUGAGCAUAGAUUACAAUUGCUUACAAACACUAGUAGCGCGGUGGUAAUGUGUGACAGUUGGCAGUGAGUGAAGAAAAAGCGUCAUGUACGUCUCGUACAGAUAUUUAGUUGAAUAAACGUGUUCGCGCUGGUCGUGGCCAUACUCAAUGGUGGAGUUUGCAGGCAUCGAAGAGGACGUAGCCAAAAUGGAAUCUUCGAACAAACAGACGGAGCAGAAGGUCACCCCUUGGACAGUCGAAACUCAUUCAAACACCGGAAUCGACUACGAUAAACUUAUCAUCCAAUUUGGUUCGCAAAAGAUCUCGCCUGACCUGAUCGAACGCCUCGAAAAACUUACCUCUAAGAAAGCUCAUCACUUCUUGAGACGUGGCAUCUUCUUUUCGCAUAGGGAAUUCAGCGAGAUCCUCACGAGAUAUGAACAGAAGAAGCCAUUCUACCUGUACACAGGGAGAGGACCCAGCAGCGAGGCUCUUCAUAUCGGGCAUCUUAUUCCAUUUAUCUUUACCAAGUGGCUUCAAGAGGUGUUCGAGGUGCCCCUUGUAAUUCAACUUACAGAUGAUGAGAAGUUCUACUGGAAGGAUCUGACAGUUGAACAGACCACACAGAUGGCCAAAGAAAACAUGAAGGACAUUAUCGCCUGCGGAUUUGAUCCGGACAAGACAUUUAUCUUUACAGACUUUGAAUUCAUGGGACCACCGUUUUACCGGAACGUAGCGCGAAUUAGAAAUUGCGUAAACUACAAUCAGGUGCGAUCCAUCUUUGGUUUUACCGAUUCGGAUUCGAUCGGAAAGAUCUCGUUUCCUGCUAUCCAGGCUGCUCCAGCUCUGUCAACGUCGUUUCCAUUUAUUUUCGGCGAUAACAAAGACGUGCACUGUCUCAUUCCGUGUGGUAUCGAUCAGGACCCGUACUUCCGGAUGACACGUGAUGUAGCGCCACGGUUAGGCCAUCCUAAGCCAGCGUUGCUUCAUUCGGUCUUCUUCCCGGCACUACAGGGCGCUCAGACAAAGAUGUCCGCUUCUAAUCCGAACUCGUCAAUAUUCCUUACUGACACUGAAAAGCAGAUUAAGAAUAAGGUUAAUAAGUACGCGUUUUCGGGCGGCGGGGAUACAAUUGAAGCGCAUCGCGAAAAAGGAGGUAACUGCGACGUUGAUAUAAGUUUCCAAUAUUUGCGCUUUUUCCUUGAGGAUGACGACCGGUUGGAACAAAUCCGUAAAGAUUAUACCUCGGGCGAACUAUUGACGGGCUACCUUAAAAAGGAACUCAUAAAUGUACUUCAAAAGAUGAUCAAAGAUCACCAAACAGCUCGGGCCGCUGUCACUGACGAGGUGAUUAGAAAAUUCACCACCAGGCGUCCCUUAAAAUUUACAAAUUGAAGCUGUUUUUGAGCCAUCCUGUCGUUGUCUGUAUCUACGGUGCGAUUCAUAGCUCGUGCAACUAAUUCGUUCCUUUGACACACAACAUGAUACAUAGGCAUUGACUUCGAUACAGUAUGUCCUAUUUCAUUGUUUGCCCUAUCUCAAUAUAGCGCACCAUUUAUUUGAAACGAUCUUAAAUGUUGUCAUUACUAGCAUUAGUUAACUUACGAACAGUAAUUUUUAGGCCUUGACAAAGUAUUUUUGUUAAUAUGCUUGAAUCUGACGCUUACCUAUGCGCUCUGAGCGAAACUUAGAGAUCAGGUCGUCAUAAUGGGUCGGCAUAAAAUAUGACUGAAUGAUCGCUUUACUGGAUCAUGUCAGAGGACGUAGAAUUACGACUAAUCACGGUCACUACCUAAGAGCAGCACUAUAAAAUGAUGGCUCCAAAGCAUACGAUGAAACGAAUCGCAGGCUGUUUCAGAAAAAAAUUGCAUACUAAGCUAAGUUCCCGAUGCGAUUAACAUGAAUUAAUUUUAUGAGUAGUGCAUACUUGCUCUUACUGGUUAAACUAUGCUACCACAGCGAUGGACAGCGUCGUCUGUUUCGAAAGUGAUAGGAAAUUUGACUACCUGAUUCAGUGGUACUUCCCUGCCAUGUAUACAACAGGCGACAAUUCGUAGAUUAAGCCAUUAGAUCUCUUUAAUGUUUUUUGCACUAACUGAGAUAAAAAAAAAAAAUAGAGGAAUAAGGCUGCGAGUUUCGGUUUCCCAAGAUACCAGAUGAAAUAUUCUUGGACAAAUCAAAUUUUCUUAUGAAGCUUACAAAGAGCUAAAUACAGUAGAGUACGAGUGCAACUCCACAAGAUGUAUGAAUAAGCAUCGGCUUUUAUUUAUAGCAGAGAUAGGUAAAAUAUAUAAAUGCCGUGUCGAUAUAGAGCUGGAUACAUUUCUGGUCUUAAGAUAAAGAAGUAUUACUACAAAUUGGAUUUUACAAGUAUAUUACCAAAUAUAAUAUAACCAUUAUAGAAUACUGUCCUUAUUUUAUAGCGGCUAUAUUAUUCUUAUUUGAUAAGUAGUUGAAUUGCUGGAUUUUGUUGUGUCAUGUUCUGAGAAGAUUGUAGAGUACUUCAAUCUGUAAUGUAAAGUAAUCCGAGGAUAUGAAAAAAACAUACAUAUGUAAAUUUUUAAUAUAGUUCAUUGAACGAAUCAUAGAAAAGAAGCUUGCGAGCAUUUACUAUAAUGCAAUUAUGGCCUAACGGUUAAACAGUUGUUAAUCUAGCUCACAUGAAAACUGUCACGAGCGAUUCAUGCUUCCGCCGUGUAAGUAAUAAGCGCAUUAUUCUAACCGAAUUAAAGUUAGCUACUUUUCUACAUAGUGGCAAUUGUUGCUAACGUGUUCUGAGAAUAGAAUCAGCACAUAAGUCAGUUUAAUCUAGAAUGAUUUUUCAUGUUUGAAACGCUUGCACAUUAUAGUACUCAGAUACGUUUACCAUCAAGUUUUUCUGCCGAUGUCUGCGUGUACCCUUUACUUGAGGC